CUGUGUGUGAAUUUGAAUCUGACCUUGAAAAAGUCCGCUGGCCUAGCGGGUUAAACGACUAAUAUUAGCAUCACGAUCGCUCAACACACUACCUACUUCUAGUUUCUAUCCCAAGAUUAUAGUGAUUUUGGGCUUGUGUUACUUCUAAUUGUUGUUGAUUGCUUUCCUUGAUGCAACCUUCGUCACUUUCGCUACUUUGCAUGCUCCAUUAGUACACGUAGCACCUUCUGGCUAAAUACGUACCGCUACGUCAAUGGCAAGAACUUCUAGGUAUCGCUAUGGUAAUUAUGAAGUAUAGGAUAUCGUCGACUAAAAAAUGUAUUAGUAAGUUUUUGGUUUCAAAACGCGCAUACGUAGUUGUAGAGUAACUCAUUCACAAGUAACUAUAAGCUUUUAUGAAUAUUAGACAGCUGCAGGUCAAACUAAGACACAUUCUUUAAAAAGCUACACAGUUCUUUUAAAGUUCGUCCAUGUCUUGUUAAUUUGUUAGUGCAGACGAUGGCUGAUGUUCCUGUAAGAAAAUAAGCUAUAUGGUCUCGGUAUAUCUUACUGUAUUUCAAGGUGUUACUCGUCAGUCACUCCUCACAUUGGUUGAUGUUUUAGCUAUCUAGAUUCAUAGGUUAGUUAAAAUCAUCACUCUGUUAAUAUCCAGACAAGGAUUUCAAGGAACAAACUAUUCACAUCCUCUGACUAGCAGUUCCCAAUCUGUCUAUGAAUAAGACCUUCAUUGGUUCCAGCAAAAUCAUGUUCACCAGACCCAUCAUAGUUAUAUAACAUCAGUACCGUGGAGAGUUUACUUCUACUGAUGUAGUUGGAUGUAGAUAAGCAUUGCAACGCAGUAGCUGCCCAAAGUUUUUGUGCGUUAUGGUUACUUCACUAAGUAUUCAAAUGCUUUGACGAAGAUAUGUUUCGAAUUCUAUAUACCACCUACGUAAGACGACACUUAGAGUACUGUAUUCCAGUAGUUGGUUCAUGUCUUAUUAAGGAUAUUGGGCAUGUUCAGGGUGUGGGAAGUCAAUUAAUGAUUAUAUGUUAACCCCCUUACGAUGGGCACUUAAAAUGCCAAGCCUUUCCUCCUUAUCGUAUUGUAGGACGCGAGAUGACAUUAUUUUGUUAUUCUGUAACUUUGAUUACGAUUUGGGUGUUAAUAUCUCAUCUUUUUACUCCCUCUAGCACUAAUAAUCUUCGAGACCAUAGUAAAAAAGUUCAAAAACCCCGAUCUAAUAAACUCAGAGUGGGGUUCAUUUUUUCCCAAAGAGUGGUCAAUGACCGGAAUGUUUUACCCAAACAAGUAUCAGCCCUAUGUGUGAACAUUUUCAAGGAGGAACUGGGCCUUCACGAGAAAAUCUGUAUGGAUUAACACAGGUCCACCGACCUACCAUUCUCAUUACUGAAGAAUGAAGAUAGAUGGACUCAGUUCAGUCCAAGCUGUCUGGCCUGAAAAAUCCUCAAUACAUCCUAGUACCAUUUGCCUCGUACUCAAAUAGAUUAACACAAUGCGUAAGAUCAGUCCACAAAGUUACUGACUGCUGAAUUCGGUUAGAUUUCGAACGAUAGUCGUAAACAAUGGUUAGAGUCUGUAGGUAGCAUUGUUCAGAAUCGACCUCUGGCCCAGAUUCAUCCCCUUUGUAUUUUGAAAUAUUCCCAUACUUUUUAUUUCACGAGUUUAUUAUGUACUCAUUAUCUACACCCAGUAUUUUCUCCCAUCAAUACUGUUACUAUUACCACUACACUGGCUUUGUGUUGAUAAUUUCACCUCUGUGCUGAUAUAGUUUGGUAAGUUGAACCAGUACGCAUGUUCCGGUUUUUACGUUGCUUAUGUCUGACCGAGGUGAUCUAAAUAGUUUCUCCCCAUCAUCACGAUAUUAGAAUAUCGCGAUGCAAUACUGAAGAAAUACUAUAGAGUUUAGAAAGUGUCUGAAUAUAUAAACAGAGCUCCAAGCGCGGAUUAGUGAUAUCAUGUGGUUUCGACAAUAAUAUUUCCUUAGGACAAACCCAUUUCCCCUCGAAAUAAGCCGAAAUUCAACUACCUACUGAUACCACUACGGUUGCUACAGUUAAUUGGUUUAGCUAAAUACCUCCUUGUGAUAUGUCUUGAACCGUUUUCUAGAUUACUUCUUUAGCACAAGAUGACUGGUUCCUGCCAACUUGUAACAAAAAUAUCGGAUACCGAAUUAAAUAUUUUUAAACAAAUUAAUAGUACCUAAUCCCCUUGUAUUAUUUUAUGUGGGUGGAUUUGUAAACUUCUUUACUAAACCUGUGGAUAAUUUGCAUCGAGGUUUCUAUGAUGCGCUUUUCCUACGCAGACACCAACUAAUGAAAAACGACUACGAUAAUAAUCUGUCCUUAGCAACUGGAGGUUUCGAUCAUACUAUCCGAAUGUGGCAACCGAGCACUGGAAAAUAUAUCCAAGGUUUUCAGCACAAUGAAUCACAGGUCAGUUACUUAAAUGUAUUCGAAACCUAAAUCUCUAGGUAAACGCUCUUGAAUUUUCCCGCGACGGACAGUAUCUAGCAGCUGGUGGUUAUGGUCGAGUUCGUAUCUAUGAUGUUCAGGGUCCCGCAACACCCUUCGUUAUGGUUUCAGAUUUCACGAAAAAUGUAAACACAGUUGGCUUUAAUGAUACAGGGAACUGGAUGUUUGCAGGAGCUGAAGAUCGUGUAGCAAAGAUUAUAGAUUGGCGAGCCGGUGGAAAUCUGUGGAUAACACGUAUUUACCAGAGGUUGGCGGUUAGGGACGUGAGCAGUCGUUAUUGUGACUUUGAGAAGCAGACUUAACACUACAUUUAAAACAAAGCACUUUCCUAGUUCAAUGGUUAUCCUAUAAUUUUAUCCUUCUUUCGUGUCCGUGUUUAGUUUGAUUGUCUUCCAACUGUUGUUCAGUUUCACCUCUUAUAUUGUCGUUGAGUGUAACAACCUGGAUCGACUCAAUUUUGCGCAAGUUUCGACUUUGAGUUGUAUUGAUUUUUUCUUCGAGUAUUGAUUCAGUGGUUCAAAAAAUACUGGAUAGUAAUGGAAUACUAAAGCUUUGAAGUGAUUAUUAUCAUCAUUCGCUUUAUUAUACUAACCUGUGAACGUGAAACUUGGCUAAACAAAUAGGCGUAAGUACAUACUAGUCUUCACAGAUUAAAAUUUUAUAAACAGGUUGACUCACAUUACUUUUAAUUUUUUCACUUUUGUUAUCCCAUAAUGCAUACUUAUUAACUUCAACUUAUAGCUUAGUAACUAAUUGAUUUAAUCAUUAUCCUGGUCUGUUGGAACAGCCAUUUCGUACUCUUUUCUCAGUGUUUCUGUUUCUUACAUAAGGUUGUAAUAAAAAAUAAAGAAUACACAAUUUAGAUAGACAAUCAGUGGUCUAUGAUUAAGUGCCACGGUUAUGAAGUUCAUAAGCCGUGGAUAGCUACAGAACACUUUUAGUUUCUUAUUAGAUAUUUGUAUACGUCUCCUAAUUCACCAUAGGGAUUAUCCAAAUAGUUUUUAUGUAGACGUGCAUUGGCCGUUUGUGUGAACUUGAUAAAUGUAAUUCCAUCCUCAGGUCUUACAAUAAUUUGACUUCAAAGUUGUUAUACUUAAAGUUGUUCAACCCUCACAUAUCGCUCUUUGUUUCUCAGUACUCUAAUAUUUGACGGACAAUUGUGAUUGUGUAACCUCAGAUAUUAUUACUAUCGGUAUUACUUUAUUAGAUAAUGGGAGUAUUCUAAGUCAUGUUAGCAGUAUUCAAAACCAGAACAUCAUCUGUUCUUUUUUGUUCUUACGUAGACGUCCUCGAGCAUUAAUACAAUGUUGCUUCAUCGCAAUCAACAUGAAAUUCUCAUCGGAACAAGUAAAGGAGAAGUUAUAGUUUGGGACCUUCGCAACAAUGCGGCUAAUUCUAUAUGCAUUGAUGGCCAAAUUGAACCCAUUCAUAGUUUAUCUAUUGACCAAGAAGUAACUUCAUUAGCUGCAGUUAACUCUGCUGGUCAACUUAUUGUUUGGUCUUUAACAGGUGAUUCUGCUUGGAAACCUAUCGAAAAACAUCGGCAGAAAGUACAUCCAACUUAUGUUCUGAAAGUGCAAUUUUCGCCAGAUAGUACAUUGAUAGCUACUGGGGGAGGUGAUGGGAAAUUUAAUCUUUUAAAGACUGCUGAUUUCAGUUUAGUUACAACGCGACAAGGUAGUCCAUCAGGUCAUCACUGGGUUUGGGAUUGCGCAUUUUCGGCAGACUCUCGCUUUUUGCUCACUGCGACUUCCGAUGGAGUUGCUCGCUUAUGGAAUUUGGAGACAGGUGAAGUACCCGUUGAAUACAAAGGACAUCAGAGAGCAAUCACUUGUAUGGCAUUCCGUGAUCAUUCUUUGAAGUCUAUGUAGUCUUUAACUCAAUGAAAACUAGAUGUAUAGUAUGAAAACAAAUGCUUGAUCUUAUGGAUUUUUACUUUUUUUUUAAAGCUGUUAUAAACGUGGUACAGCAGAUGUUAAUGCUUGCAAAGUGCCGUCGAAAAAUUCAAUUUAUGUGAAUUGAUAGGUGAAUGAACCUUUUACGAUUUCAAACGAUUUAUACUUUUUACAGUAAUGCACUUACUCUAGUAAGAAUUGUAAAAUAAGGACCUUGUUGUGUGAAUCCGCAUUGUUCCACCUGUGUAAAAGUUAUUUAGACCCAUGAGUUGUAGUCAUUACGCUUUCCGAAGUUUGUUUGUCACGCAGGUUUCUAUAGUUGUUGUUUUAUAGUUCACAAAUAGAUUCGUUCUUGGGCCAAUAUGUUUCAUUGAAAUUAUGAACUAACCAAUGGUCUACAGUUUAAGCGUUUGCAUACGACACUGAAAGUUCUAGGACCAUUUCUGGUUUCUGGUGUGAACACGAAACACUCGUGUUUUUUUGACAAUAGGAAUUGAAGACUACUUGGUCUGGGUCCGCGCAACCAUUGUAACCAGUGGUUGGAGACUCUGUUUGACAGUGCUCAGAAUCGAUCACAAGGGCGUAGAUGCAUACACUCUUUGCCUUCCCUUAAACCAUGUGAUUAAGAUUGCUCUAUACCUUUUUUUCUAUGGACUAAUUCCUUAUUCCUGUAUUAUAUCCUUAUACGCGAUCUUGCUUUAAAUACAUUACUAUCAUUGAA